AUGAGCUCACCAUCAAGUUAUGAACCUUUUGUUCUUGGUUUUGGUUCAACAUCAAGUGGUUAUUCUAAAUCAGGACUUUUAUUGCCUCACUCUAAAAAAAGUAAACAAACACAACUCAUCAAUGAAAGUACACCAACACAAAGUGAUACCUCUUCAACUACUAUAAAAACUAAAACAUCUCAGUUACCUAGUUCUUAUGAAAAACACCAAAAUUAUCAAUCUCAUUCUCAAGAAAAGACAAUAGAAUAUAAUUUUGUUGAUACAAGUUAUCAACCUUUACUUAGUACACAACAAAGAAAUAUAUUACCUGCUCCAAGUAAUUCAUUAAAAACAUCAAAUAGUUUUAGUUCUUCUAUUAGUAGUGAAAAACAACAAACAUACGUUGAAUUGCUAGAAGUUCAAUUAAAGAAAUAUGAAGAAAUUCCAUGGAUUAAAGAACUUAGAAAAGAACACAGAGAAAACGAAUUAACAAAUAUUCUUGAAAGUAUGUAUGAAGAGUAUUGUGGAAUGGUCAAUAAAUGUGCAGUUUUAGAAACAGAAAAUAUUCAAUUAAAAAAUGAAUUAAAAACAAUAAAACAAAUUCAUCAAUUAUUAAGUCAAUAUUCAUUACUUCACAUUCAAAGAUCUAAUACAUUCCUUGAUGAAUUAAAAGAAGAGAUUGAAAGAAAACAUAGUGAGAAUAAAGACUAA